AUGAGUCAUCAUUUUCUGGUAGAUUCAUCGUCGUCGUCGGAGGAUGAUGACGACGAACUCAUUCUUGCUACACUACACCAAGCACACACUCAAUAUGCGCUUUUGAAUGCUGCACGACCUGGGGGUUCUGUGCCUGGACGUCAGUAUAUCAACCGCAACAGAGAAGCCGGGCAUUGGAGGCUAUACGAAGACUACUUUUCAGAUGCUCCUACCUACGGUCCAACUUCUUUCGUCGAAGAAAGUACUGCUGUAGAGAGUCUUAAAAGGUUUGUGAAAGCUAUUGUUGAAAUCUUCGGUGAUGAGUACCUGAGAUCCCCAAAUGAUAAUGAUACAGCUAGAUUACUUGCAAUUGGAGAGCAAAAGGGUUUUCCCGGAUCUCACAAUGAUAUUAAUGUUCUGCAUCGUUCUCACCUAUUUGCAAAUCUAGCUGAAGGGCACGCUCCAGAAGUGAACUACACCAUUAAUGGUCAUAAUUAUACAAUGGGGUAUUACCUUGCAGAUGGCAUAUAUCCUCAAUGGGCCACAUUUGUUAAGCCAAUACCAUCUCCACGAGGGAAUAAGAGGAAAUAUUUUACGAAAGUACAAGCAGCGGUGAGGAAGGAGGUGGAACGAGCAUUUGGAGUUCUGCAAUCUCGUUUUGCCAUUGUUCGUGGGCCAGCAAGAUUUUGGGAUCAAGACAUACUAGGACAAAUCAUGACAGCUUGUAUCAUCAUGCAUAAUAUGAUCGUUGAAGAUGAGCGAGAUGCAGAAGGUGACCACCAUUUCGAUGGGAUGGGAGAAGUUGUGACAGCUUCCCAUCGUCCUACGGCUGAACUACAAGCGUUUCUUCAAACUCAUCUAGCCAUUACUAACAGGGAAACUCACUCACAGCUUCGUGAUGAUCUAGUCGAGCACCUGUGGGAAAAAUAUGGUGGGGUAUAG